UUGUUUUGUUUCAAAUAUCCUGUGAUUUUCCAAAAUGUCAGAGGAGGAGGCGCAAUUGCCGUGUAAGGACAGGCAGGAAGAUAAGACGGAUCGCGUGCGACAACUUCCGUGUGGCGUGUGGCGGUCGACCCAUCCGGACCGGAAAUACGUAGGCCUAGACGUCGGCUGUAACGCCGGGGACUUAACAUUCGUGUUGCACGACUUCCUCGAGAACGCCUUAUCGGCCGAUCAGCCGAAGGAGAUCUGUUUGCUCGGCGUGGACCUCGAUCCGAUCUUAAUCGAGCGGGCACGAGAACGCAACCCGCGGCCGGAUCGUAUUAUUUUCGAGUGCCUCGAUUUUCUGGCCGAGGAUCGUAACCGGACACUGGACGAACACCUUCGUCGAUUCGAGAAGUCACGCUUCGAUAUCGUGUUCUGUUUCUCCGUUACGAUGUGGAUCCAUUUGAACCACGGGGACGACGGGCUGGUGGAAUUUCUACGAAAGGCUUGUUCCAUCGCGAACAUGAUUGUGAUCGAGCCACAAUUGUGGAAAUGUUACAGAAACGCUUCGAGACGGCUGAGACGAUCGAAGGGCGAGGAUUUUCCUUUGCUGAAAACGUUAAAAUUCACCGGUGAUACAGCGGCACACAUCGAACGUAUAUUAACAGAAUUUUGUAAUUUUCGGAGAGUCACGGUUACCAGGGACAACGAGUGGAAACGUAGGCUAUUAAUUUAUGCGAGGACGUGA